UGUCCCUCAGGCUCAUACAAAGCAGAAUUGGAGAAAAACAGUUCAAUUUGACAAAAUCGUAAUGUGCGCGCCGUUCUUCUUAGGCUUUAGCAUCGAUGAUGUUUUUAUCUGUAUCUAUCAGGCACCCACAUAUCCUGUCUUUGAAGGCUAUGUCAUCUCGCAAUGCUUGUACACCCUUUAUAGUAUACGGUAUCAACGAACACCAAAGUCCUGAAUUAUUUACCGCUACGGCGAUUCUCUCUGGCAUUGAUUCGACAUUCGUAGCAGGAGCAACUCUGUCAGCAUUGGACUACCUAAGUUGUUCCGAUAUUCGUCUUGACUCUGCUGAUAUCGAGAAUAUUUAUAUCUUCAUGGAUGGUCCCAACAAAGCCGUUCUGUCGAUAAACACUUACUAUAGGUUGUCGAAUUCGACACCAUCAGACUUACUACCAAGUCAAAUGGCGCUUGACGCGUUAAAUUAUCUGUGUCUCAAGAUUUUCAACGGUGCCAACCCAAUUAUUAUACAGAUUACCUUGUCCGUGAUGGCGGCAUGUCCUAAACCUUCCGAUGACACCGUUACUGAAUCAUCGCUUGAAGUUAGUUCUAAGGAUGAUGAUCUAUCCUCUACCACCGGUGCUUCGAGUUCGGUGAAUGAUGCCAAGCUUUCACAGCCUCGCCGAGAGAUUAUAUGGCCACAGUUCAAAAAUGCUCUCAAAUCUCGAUCCAUCACUUCGUUUCAUUGGAACGUAGAAAACGCGUACGGCGGUGCCAAUCAAUCCCAUAGAUGUCAGGGUUAUCGGCGAGAGGAGGUAACACUGACGCCAGUGGUUGCGGAUUGUCGAGUCAUCACAGAUACAACGCCUAUCCUCCAUGAGCAAUGUCCAAUUUGCGGAGAGAAAGUUGGGGAGGGUCCAUUUCGCUGCGUGUGUGGAAACGGUACGUUGGCUGUUGGUAGUCUGAAUGGAUGCUUCAAUGAUCCUGAUGCAACCUGGUGCUUAGCAUGGGGACAUAGCCGUUGCAGGACGUCGAAGGACUUCCUUUGCAAGGACUGUGCGCCGAGUAUGAAUUUUCAGGGAUCAGGAAUGUCUCGUCCCAGAAGAUUCUGCGGAAGACAGUGGUGCCCACAAGCUCCAUGGUCGAUCGGCAAAUAUUGUUGGUACCAAUUCGUACAGAACGGGCGGCCUGUAAUCGCUCGCUACCAAUGUCUUGUCCUCCAUGACAGCACCAACAAAAUCCCUAGCCCGCAAUUAUGGCGCCAGGUUUAACAUGCUCGCGGUGUUGUUAAGUCGAUUCCUUGCUUUACUUACUCCCUACAUUCAUCAUGCUUUUAAUAUCGCGCUUCGUAGAUUACUAAUUUUUGUUGAAUUUUUGUUCGUGUUGUUGUUUUCGCAAGGCUUUCAUUCUUAAGCCA